AUGAGAUUAACAGAGUUUCGUGUAAUUCUACCAUUGACUGUUGAGGAGUAUAGAGUUGGACAGCUUUACUCUGUGGCAAAGACUAGCUCCCAAGAGACAACGGGAGGUGAGGGUGUUGAAGUCAUCAAGAACGAACCAUACACUGAUGAUCAGCGUGAAGGACAGUACACUGAGAAGAUAUAUCACUUGGGAAAUCGUCUACCUGGAUGGGUACGCGCGAUAUGCCCAGCAAGCGCACUGAAACUUGAGGAAAAGGCUUGGAAUGCUUAUCCAUACUGCAAGACAGUACUAAAGAGUCCAUUUAUGGGCGAUAGCUUCAGCUUCAUCAUCGAGACACGUCAUGCUCAAGACAAUGGUACCCAAGAGAAUAUCCAUGGCCUUUCAGAAAAGGUGCUAAAGACUAGAGAGGUUGAAUAUGUUGAUAUCACAAACGCUGUGGAUAAGAAGGAGUACAAGGCAGAGGAGGAUCCAACAUUGGUCAGAUCGGAGAAGGCCAACAGAGGUCCAUUGGUCAAUGGAGAGUGGAGAACUAGCACAGCACAUCCAGUCAUGUGCUGCUACAAAUUGGUAACAGUCGAGUUCAAGUGGUUCGGUUUCCAGACCAAGGUGGAGAACCUGAUGAUUAGGAUUGAGCGCGAUCUCUUUAUGAAGUUCCACAGACAGGUGUACUGCUGGUUGGACGAAUGGUUUGGCUGGACGAUGGAGGACGUCAGAAACUAUGAGGACAGGACCAAAGAGGCACUUGCCGCCCAGUUGGCAUCAAAAGAACCAUCCAAGGCCAAGCCAAUGGAUGAUUAG